AUGUCGGCAAACGACUACUACGCAGGCGCCGGCGGAGGCUAUCAGCAGCAACAGCAAGGCUACGGACAGCAGUAUGGCCAGCAGCAAGGCUAUCAGGGACAGGGCCAGGGACAGGGCCCGCCUCCCGGAGCAUAUCCCUCUCAGGGCGGAUAUCCUCCCCAGUCGCAUUCGCCCUACAACCAAGGCCCCGGCUACAACGCUCCUCCUCCCCAACAGCAAGGCGGCUACUACGGAAGCCCGCCCCCUCAGCAGCAGUACGGCUCUCCUCCACCUCCUCAAGGCUAUGGACAGCCGCCGCCGCAGCACGGAUACGGCUCCCCUCCUCCUCCUCCACAUCAGGGCUACGGACAGCCGUACGGCCAGCCGCCCCAUGACAACCGCGGCAGCUCGCCCUACCCGCCCCAGCAGCAAUACGGCGGACACGGCCAACCCGGCGGCGGCUACCCGCCCCACGGCGGCCACUCGCCGCAGCCGCCGCAGGGCUACAACGCCGGCCAGUAUCCCCCCGGGCCCGGCGGUGCGCAGCAGGACGAGCGCGGCCUCGGUGCGACGCUGCUCGGUGGUGGGGCCGCAGGCUGGGCGGCGCACGCUGCAGGAGGAGGGGCUCUUGGCACCGUGGGGGGUGCCAUUGCGGGCGCGAUCGGUGCCAACAUGCUGGAGAACAAGUUUGAGAAGAAGCACAAGAAGUACAAGGGUCACAAGAAGGAGAAGCAUCACAAGAGGAGGGGCAAAGUCAAGCGGUGGCAGACGCUACAAGAUGGGCUCGAUAAGCUGUUCAUGACGUCGGCGCCGAUGCCAACGGCCGGCAAAGAUGAGGUCCUCAUCGAGAUACAGACAGUGUCUCUUAACUACCGUGAUACCGAAGUUGCAAUGGGUCUCUACAACCACCAUAAAGCCAUCGCCACAGGCUCACCUGACCCAGUCGUCCCGUGCUCCGAUAUGUGUGGCAUCGUAACAGCCGUGGGCGAGGGCUCCAAGUGGAAGGUGGGCGACCGGGUCAUGGCUAUUUUCAAUCUUACGCACUUUACCGGACAGGUCAAGCCACAUCACCAGACUCAAGGAUUAGGUCUCCCUCUGGACGGCGUUCUGCAGACUCACGCCGUGCUGCCAAGUCAGGCACUGGUCAAGGUCCCGGACUAUCUCACGGACGAAGAGGCCAGCUGUCUCCCGAUCGCGGGCGUUACGGCCUGGAUGGCCAUCAACGGCAUGCGGCCGAUGGGUCAGCCGGGUGGCCAGGGCGAGGUGAUCCUCAUACAGGGCACUGGAGGAGUGAGCAUCGCGGGACUGCAGAUUGCAAAGGCAAGCGGUGCAACAGCAAUCAUCACAUCCUCGUCGGACGAAAAGCUAGAAAGGGCGAAAGCGCUAGGGGCUGAUCACGGUAUCAACUACCGAACAACGCCCGCAUGGGCGGACGAGGUCAUGAAAGUGACACACGAUGAGGGCGCAGACAUCAUCUUCGAAAACGGAGGUGCCAAGACGAUCCGCCAGUCUUUCGAUGCCAUAGCCUAUGGCGGACUCAUCAACUGCAUCGGCUAUGUCUCUGGCAAGAUAGACGAUCCCGAGGACCGGACGAAUGUGAAUGUCCUCUGCCUGAGGCGGACUGUGACUCUGAAGGGGAUCCUAAACGGCCCGAAGGACAGAUUUGAAGAGAUGGUCGACUUCUACACCAAGCACCAGAUAAAACCUGUCGUUGAUAAGGUCUUUUCUUUCGAGCAGAGCAAGGAGGCAAUGAAAUAUUUGUAUAGUGGAUCGCAUUUUGGAAAGGUUGUUAUCAAAGUUAAGUAG